AUGACUCUCCUACUUCAUUGCGCUUUUGGGGAUAGGGAUAAAUUCGGGAACUCCUCCACGUGGGGCGACAACGAUCCUUACGUCAAGCCUACCGGCCCAUGCACUGUGAAAGACGGCUCCCUCAAGGAUUGCUAUUGCCCGAACGGAAUUGAACCGGUUUACUUCUCGGAUAAUGGUCGUUUUGGUGUGUUUUGCACCGUCAAGUGCAACAAGGCAAGCGACUGCCCACUCCCAAAACACGGAUAUAUGCUCAUGCCUUCUUGCUCCGCCACCGAGGGAGUAUGCGGAAUUUCAUGUCACUCGGUGAGUUUGGAUUGCUGGUUGAAGGUUAACAACGACAGGGGCCACACCUCUUCCGAGGGGCGGCCUCUAGUCGGCAUCAAGAUUUAG